ACCGGGACCGCUACUGGGGCCACCAUCGGCUGCUGGGACAAGCGAGACCACCGGGACCCGUACCGGGACCCGUACCGGGACCACCAGGACCGCCACGACCGCCACCGGUUCCGUCCCCGCCAUGUCCCAGCUCCGCGUCACCGACUAUUUUGGCCGCACGAAAGCGGCACCCGGAGCGCCGGCCAAGCGCGGUGCCCGCCGGCUGAAGGCCGCCCCCGCCAGUCCCCCGGUGCCCCGGGAGGAGGAGGAGGAGGGGGGCCCCGCUGUGCCCCCGCUGCCCGCCUCGCCGCGCACCCCGUCCCACGGGGGCUGCCCGGGGCCGCGGGGCCGCGCGGGCAAGAAGCGGGGCCGCGCCGAGAUGGAAGCGGAGCUGCCGCCGGGGAACCGGCCCGGGAAGGCGGCGCGGAGGAGGCUGGAGAUGGACCGGGGCGAAGAGCCGGGGCCGCCGGCGGCGACCACCAGCCUGUCGCCUCCAGCCCCAGCUCGGCCGCCAACACCGCCCACGCUGAACCUGGCAGUGCCCCCUCCGUCCAGUGCCACCCGCUCCCCCAGCCAGGGGCAGGAGCAGGGGGCACAGCCUGGCACAGCGUCCCCCGGAACACCCAGGCGCCUGCAGCGGGAGGACAUGGCUGCGCUGCAGUGCCGCCUGCAGAAGGUGAAGGCGCUGGCCCAGCUGCCACCUGUCCCUGCCGCGGCCAGCACCCAACUGCGGAGCCACCUGGAGAAAGUGCGACAACUGGAGCUGCGGAUCCGCAAGAAGAAAGAGGAAAGAAGAGCCACGCUGGCAGCACAGCCAUCCGGGGACACCGGGCUGGCAGCUCCUGCGGCAGAAGCCGGCAGUGAGAAGUCCCCUGCGUACCAGCGGUUCCACACCCUCGCACAGGACCUUCCCCCGGGGCUUACGCUGCCCUACAAGUUCAGGGUGCUGGCAGAAAUAUUCCGCAGCGUGGACACCAUCGCUGGGAUGCUCUUCAACCGUUCUGAGACCAUCACCUUUGCAAAGGUCAAGCAGGGCGUGCAGGACAUGAUGCGCAGGCAGUUUGAGGAGCACCACAUGGGGCAGAUCAAGGCCGUGUACCCCACCUCGUACAGGCUGCGCCAAGAAAAGAACAUCCCCACCUUUGGCAACGGCAUGAAGAAGACUGACUACCAACUCACGCUAGAGCCGGUGCUGGGGGAAGAGGAGAAAGUGGAUGGCCGCCCGCACUUGUCAGCGUCGCGCUUGCUGCAGCGCAGGAAGGAGUUCAACCGCAACCUGGUGAACAUCGUCAAGCAGCACCACAAGGCAUUCCUGGCUGCCCUCAACCCUCCUAUGGUGGUGCCAGAGGAGAAGCUGACCCGUUGGCAUCCCCGCUUCAAUGUGGAUGAGGUGCCAGACGUCAGCCCGGCAGAGCUGCCGCAGCCACCCCAGGAAGACAGGCCCAGCACGGCUCAGGAGGUGCUGAGCAGCGCUCGGGGGAUGCUCACCCCCAAGAUGGAAAAAGCUCUCGCCAACCUGGCCUUAAGAAGCGCUGAAGCCGGUGCGGGGGAACCAGUGGUUUCCAAAGCACCGUCUCCUGCCAGCACCUCCAGUGCUUUGAAGGGGGUGUCCCAGGCUCUGCUCGACAGGAUCCGGGCGAAGGAGGCUCAGAAGCUGCAGGCGCUGAUGACGCGAGAUCCACGGCAGGAGGAGCGGCUCACCAUGCUGGGACGGCUGCCGGCCAUGGCCCGCAUCCUGCGCAAUGUCUUCGUGGCCGAGAAGAAGCAGGCACUGACUAUGGAGGUGGCUUGUGCACGCAUGUCUGAUAGCUACGAUGUACAGAUGCCUCCUGGUGAGAUGGAGAAACACUUGCGCCUCUUUGCAGAGCUGCUGCCUGACUGGGUAGGAAUCCACACCAUCAGGACAGAUAUCUACAUCAAACUGGAUAAGGGGAAGGACCUCACCCUCAUCACAGAGAGACUCAACAAGGCAGUGAAGGAGGCAGAAGCCCUCUGAGCCCUCUAAGGCUCAAGAUUCUCCUUGUGCAAUCUCUUCUAAACGUAGCAAAUCCUGACUGCUCCAGGGAUUGGUGUGGGCUGACAGGAGGAUCAUCCUCGGGGAUGUCUGAGGAAGAGCAAAAUCCCUUAACUUAAUCCCUUUUUCAAGGUCCAUGAGGACCAUGGCUCCCCUAACCUUGAAGUUGAAGGCAGGCAGUCCUGGGUCCUAGGAUGACGAUGCAAGCGGUGAAGAGGAGCCCAUAACCUCUUCUUGGCUUUGCUGUGCUCUCCUCAAGGUUUGAUGCAGAAGGUUUCUUCCAUGAACUGGGUCUUGGUGGGGUGGAGGCAGAACUGAGCAGAAUGAGAGGGUUGACAGGCAGAAAGGAGUGAGAAAAAGUCGCAAAUUGAUGGAGUUUUAGGCCCUGUUCCGUUUUUAAGGGAGGGAAAAUGCAUCUCCAGCACUCGCUGGAAACAACUACAGAACUUGUCAAAACAUAUUUGUAUUAAAUGUUUUAAAUAUAGCUGACUUGUGUUAACCCAGCGUUCUUCCUCCGAGAGCUGCCUGUCUGUGCUGUGUUAGCACCGUGGUUCUCCAUGGCAAUUGGCACCGGCCGGCACACGCAGGGAAGGGCUGGGUCAUCAUCCAGCUCCUGGAGAAAGACUUACUGGAAAAAGUGAGCGUGAAUUUGCAGGGAACUGAAUGCAGCUUUUGUAACUAGGGCCUGUGGAGCAGCUCCCAUAGGGAGAGGAGCAGGCAGGGCCGGGGAGGCUGCAGGUGGGCUUUUUCCCAGGGGAAAACGUGGGUCACUGGGCUGAAGUGGCUUGGGAAGAGGGACAAAGAGAGUGCUGAUUGCUGCAGAGGUGCCAGCCUGGCCCAGUGCCUGCUGCAGGGGAGGAGGCACUGCGUGGGCACACCUUGCACCGCUUUCUGAGCCAAACUCGGCUGAUUUUAGCUUGGGACAUCAGGGACUCACACAGAAAGGUCCUUCAUCUGUCUGCACAGGGGACCACGCUGGCCAGGGAAGCCUCCCUAUGGGAU